ACUCACAUAAGGAACAAAGUUGCCAAAGUUGCUUGUAAGUGCUAUUUCAAUUUCAAUUUCAAUUUCAGUUUCAAUUUCAGUUUCAAUUGAGAGAGCAAAAGAAAAUGACGAUGAAGAAACUGUUACUACUGCUAAAACCCUCUGUUGUAUCUCCGCAACCUUCCCACGCUCACCCUCUGGUCUUACACUUUUUGAAUAAUAGGCAUAAGGUGCACCAUGAAUCCAUAAACUUUUGUCAAGAGAUUCUGCGGAAAAAGUCAGUUGAAUGGAAAGCAGUGCUCGGAAACAAUUUAACAGAGCCCAUCAAUAAUGUGGACCUGGUUGUUGCAAUUGGUGGCGAUGGAACUCUUCUGCUGGCUAGCCAUUUAAUGGACGACAAAAUUCCUGUUCUUGGAGUGAACUCAGAUCCUACUCGGAUUGAUGAGGUGGAAAAAUUCAGUGGUGAGUUUGAUGCUGCCAGAAGCACUGGUCAUCUUUGUGCUGCAACUGUUGAAAACUUUGAACAAGUUCUAGAUGGUAUACUCGAAAAUCGAAUAACUCCUUCCAAGUUAACAAGGAUCAAGAUAUCUGUAAAUGCACUACACUUGCCAACUUAUGCUCUCAAUGAUGUCUUAGUUGCAAAUCCAUGUCCUGCUUCAAUCUCUAGAUUCUCCUUCAGAAUUACAAAGGAAAAUCAACCAUUUUCGCCACUAGUUAACGGUAGAUCAAGUGGUCUAAGGGUUUCAACAGCUGCCGGUUCAACGGCUGCAAUGCAUUCAGCAGGUGGAUUUCCAAUGCCCAUUUUAUCUGGGGAUCUCCAGUACAUGGUAAGGGAACCUAUCUCGCCCGUGGCAGUGUCUAACUCUAUGCAUGGAUUGAUUAAACAGGACGAAACAUUGAAUACUAGAUGGGCUUGUAGAAAAGGUGUGAUAUAUAUUGAUGGUUCUCAUAUCAACUAUGCCAUUAAAGAUGGGGACCUCAUUCAGAUUUCUCCCAAGGCACCUUGUUUGAAAGUUUUCUUGCCUGAUCACUUGAUACGUUUAGAAAAGAUGUAAAGUGAAGUGAAAUUCACAGUAUAUCUUCAUCAUAAGCUGAUGACUUUUAAGCAUGUAGGUGAGAGAGAUAGAGAGAAUGAUGAAAAAUAAAGAAGUUAAGAAAAAAAUAGAGAGAAUGGAGAGGAUGCAGAGGGUAUUUGGAAGUAGAGGAUCUAAAUCUAGUGAUAAUAGAGGGAUCAAGAGUUUUGUAUGACCCCCAAGUUAAGAAAAGAGUCAUUUUGAACAUGUUUACUGCGUUUUGUUGUAAAUAGCUGUGAAGAGUGCCUUUCCAAUUAUGUGCUGACAUUUUUACUUGUUAUUUCAAUGAUGUUAUCUUA